GAAUAUAUGUGUGUUUCUUGUUUUCAAUUCCGGCACUCAAAUUCUCGCAGAAACACAAACACAUGGUAACAAUGUUUAGUCUGUAUCUACCAUAUGUUGAUAAACUUGUUUUCCAUCCUUUCUUCCUCCCUGCAAUCUUACUCUUUGUAAUCUUGUACUAUAAGAGUUUCUCUUCAAAUUCCGGCAGCAGCAAAAAUAAUGCCAAAAUCUUACCACCCUCACCACCGAAACUGCCAAUCAUAGGGAACCUCCACCAGGUAGGUCUGUUACCACACCGUUCUCUUCAAUCACUGUCUCAGAAAUACGGCAAGCUGAUGUUGCUCAAAAUGGGCAGCAAACCAACCCUUGUGGUAUCAUCUGUAGAUGCAGCCAGAGAAAUCAUGAGGACCAAUGAUGUGAACUUCAGUAACAGGCCUAAAUUACGCGUUGCUAGUAGGCUCUUCAGCAACGGUAAAGACGUGGCUUUUGCUCCUUACGGAGAUUAUUGGAGACAGAUGAAGAGUAUGUGUGUUAUGCAGCUCUUAAGUAACAAAAAAGUUGAAUCGUUUCGAAGAAUAAGAGAAGAAGUGACUCUUCUAGUGGUUGAAAAGUUGAACAGAUCAUCUUCUUCAGUGGUUAAUCUGACGGAAAUAGUUAUGUCAUAUACAUUUGAUGUGAUUUGCAGGGCAUCAUUUGGAAGGAAAUAUAGUAAGAAUCAUGAUGGAUAUGGAGGUAACAACAAUUUUGAGGAUAGCAUGAGUGAAGCUAUGAAGCUGCUUGGGACAUUUUUUUUGGGAGAUUUUGUACCCGGUCUUAGUUGGAUAGACCGACUGACCGGUUUGGAAGGUCGAUUGGAGAAAGUUGCACAACAGUUAGACUCAUUUCUUGAAAAGGCAAUACAUGAAGAACAAAUUCAUCUAAACACUAAGACAAAUAUUGAGGAUAAAAGUUUUGUGGACAUUUUACUUGAAGUUGGUAUGAAUAACAGAGAUGGUCUUUCACUUGACAGUAUCAAAGCUGUUGUAUUGGAUAUGUUUGCUGCAGGGAUUGACACAAUUUACACACUUGUAGAAUGGGUGAUAUUGGAGCUACUUAGGCAUCCAGAAAAAAUGAGACAAGUAGAGGAAGAGGUAAGAAAACAAAUGAAGGGGAAAGGUCGGAGGGUAAAUGAUGAUGAUUUGAAGGAUCUAAUUUAUUUAAAAGCUGUGAUUAAGGAAGCACUUAGGAUGCACCCUGCUGUUCCUUUACUGGUGUUUCGAGAGGCAUUGCAGGACACCAAAGUAAAUGGUUUCGAUAUCGAUGCAGGAACACUAGUGAUCAUCAAUGCAUGGGCAAUCCAGAACGAUCCUAUAUUUUGGGAAGAACCAGGGGAGUUUCGUCCAGAAAGGUUCCUGAAUGAUGGAAGUUCAUCAUCAUUUGAUUUCAAAGGACAAGAUUUUCAAUAUAUUCCUUUUGGAUCAGGAAGAAGAAGUUGUCCAGGGAUAUCAUUUGGCAUAGCUAAUGCUGAGCUUAUGAUCGCGACUCUCUUGUUCGAGUUUGACUUGAAAUUGCCUGAUUGUGAAAUGUUAAACAUGACUGAAAUCGCUGGCAUCACAGUUCGGAGGCGGGACCCUCUUAUGAUCAUUGCAGCUCCUCGUGCUUUCUGAAUAGACAUUCAUUUUCAACUCCAUUAUCAUCCUCCUUAAUUUUAUAUUUCCAUCAGGGUUAUUUUAUAAUAAGACGUACGAUGUAUUUUUUAAGUCGCUAUGUAUUUUGUUGCUUUUUAGCCUAUCAUGGAUUCAUGGUGAUUUCAUCGUACUACGUAUUUUGUUUUUGUCUGUUGUACGUUACUUUCUUCAAAUAACAUUUUAUUUGUCUUA